AUGUCGUGGGUGCGGUUCACGAAGACGGGUGUCGCCGUCGUCGCCACGUCAGCAGCCGCGAUUUUCGCACUCGACAUGACGAACGAGCGACGAUUUCAGCGACAAAUGAAAGAUCACUUCCGAAUUGCUCACGCCGAUCGACUCGCCGAACUCAACAAAAGAGCGCCGAGUGCUCUUCCGACGAGAAAAGACAUUUUGACCAGUUUGAGUAAAGGCGAAGAAUUCGAUGUGCUGAUCAUUGGAGGCGGAGCCACAGGCGCCGGCGUUGCUCUCGAUGCACAGACACGUGGAUUGAAAACGGCACUCGUCGAACUGGACGACUUCUCAUCUGGAACGUCAUCAAGAUCGACUAAGCUGAUUCACGGAGGUGUUCGAUAUCUUCAAGCGGCAAUUAUGAAGCUAGAUUUGGAACAAUAUCGAAUGGUCAAAGAAGCACUUUUCGAGAGACACAAUCUUCUGGAAAUUGCGCCACAUUUGAGUAGUCCUCUUCCGAUUAUGCUCCCGAUUUAUAAGCUGUGGCAAGUACCGUACUAUUGGAGUGGAAUUAAAGCGUACGAUUUUGUAUCUGGGAAGCGAGUGUUGAAGAAUUCGUUUUUUAUCAGUAAAUCACAGGCGUUGGAGAGAUUUCCAAUGUUGAAAAAUGAGAGUUUGAAAGGGGCAUUGAUCUAUUAUGAUGGACAACACAAUGAUGCUAGAAUGAAUUUGGCUAUUAUUCUGACAGCGAUUCGGCAUGGAGCUAAGUGCGCCAAUCACGUUCGUGUCGAGAAAUUGAACAAAGACGAGAAUGGAAAAGUGAUUGGAGCCCAUGUAAAGGAUAUGGUAACCGGCGGAGAAUGGGAUAUCAAAGCUAAGGCAGUCAUCAAUGCAACCGGUCCAUUCACCGAUUCGAUUCGUUUGAUGGGUGAUCCAGAGACGGCUCGUCCGAUUUGUGCUCCAUCUUCCGGUGUCCAUAUCACCCUUCCCGGCUACUACAGCCCUUCUAAUACAGGUCUCCUCGAUCCAGACACCUCUGACGGUCGUGUCAUUUUCUUCCUUCCAUGGGAACGAAUGACUAUUGCUGGUACGACGGAUGCUCCAUCUGACGUCACACUGUCUCCUCAACCAACAGACCACGACAUCGAAUUCAUUCUUCAAGAAAUUCGUGGAUAUCUCUCGAAAGAUGUCUCAGUUCGACGUGGAGAUGUGAUGAGUGCUUGGUCGGGACUCCGCCCCCUUGUUCGUGACCCGAAUAAGAAGGAUACAAAGAGUUUGGCCAGAAAUCACAUUAUCGAAGUUGGAAAAUCGGGUCUUGUGACGAUUGCCGGUGGAAAAUGGACAACCUAUCGGCAUAUGGCUGAAGAGACUGUGGAUACGGUAGUGAAGGUUCAUGACCUAAAAACAGAAUCUGGAUGUGUGACACCUGGAUUGUUGCUCGAAGGAGCUCAUGAUUGGAACUCGCUCCAAUACAUUCAUUUGGUACAGGAUUACGGUAUGGAGGUCGACGUGGCACAACAUCUGAGCAACACUUAUGGAGACAGAGCAUUCGUUGUGGCUAGAAUGUGCAAGAUGACAGGCAAGAGAUGGCCAAUUGUUGGACAACGUCUUCAUCCUGAAUUCCCGUAUUUGGACGCUGAAGUGAGAUAUGCUGUCAGGGAAUACGCUUGUACUGCAGUCGACGUCAUUGCUAGAAGAAUGCGUCUGGCUUUCUUGAAUACCUACGCUGCUCAUGAAGUACUUCCUGAUGUCGUCCGUGUGAUGGGAGAAGAGCUGGGAUGGAGUUAUGCAGAGCAACGACAACAAUUGGAUAAGGCCAGGGCUUUUAUCGACUUGGAAAUGGGACAGAAUGCGAAACAAACGGCCGUAUCGAAUGCUCCGUUGAAUCUGACAAAGGAGGAGAUGCAGAAGGCGAAGGAGAGAUUCAAUCAGUUGGAUAAGGAUCGCAAGGGACAUAUUACGGUUAACGAUCUUCGCAAACAUUUUAGAGAACACAAUCAAAAGAUUGACGAACGUGUGCUCCACGAGUUGCUCAACGAAGUCGAUUUGAAUAAGAAUGGAGAAAUCGAAAUCGCCGAAUUCUUCCAGCUUUAUUCCGGAUUGAAAGGAGGUCAAUUGACCAGCAAUCGACUCGUCGGAUAUCUGGACGAAAUUCACGGAACACCAAGUGUCAAUCGUGCUUGUGGUGGUAUCUAA